CUCUUCACUGGCCUGUGAUCUAGUGCGUCACCUCAGUGGCAGCUGGCAGCACCUGAAGAGCGAUCUGCCGCAGUUGAGGGCACAAAAGGUGAGCAGCGUGGCCGCAGUACAGGCAUUCCGCAGUCGGCUGGAGGAGCUGACUAACUGGGUGACUGAGCAUCGACGCAUCCUUCAGGAGGACCUGAGGCCACACUUCGCCUGCCGUAGCAUUGAGUGCUCCUUUGAGGAGCUUGUCGGUCGGUGUAAAGAGCCCGCCGUCGGGGAUGCUGUGGACAGAUUUGCGGAGUAUUCGGCGAGGACGUCUGGGUACUGCUCGCAAGUGACUUCUCUUCUGCAGAAACUCGAGCUGCGAAAAACUGACUUUGACAGUCUGAGGGAAGAGGCCCUCCGCGUCAGCCGCUUAGAGAUACUCAAUCCGCCCUGCCCUCCGGUGCAGCCAGAUGAUGCUGCUUCUCUUCUGACCGACUACUCGACCCUCCUGGAGGACACUCGGGCCCUAAUCAGUAUCAGCGAACGACGCAUAACCAGCCAGCGUGAACUUAUUCAACAAUGGACGACCCUGCGAGCACAACUUGGUGCAGUUCUUGUGGAACUGACUUCCCGCCAAGCACAUUUGUCCCAAGUUCUCUCCUGCUGGGACGCCUUUGAGACGGCAGCAAAUGAACUUGAAUCCAGUCUGCGCACCCUGAGAACUAGUCUGAUGAGCUAUGAACAUCCAACUGCGGAAACGGUGGAGCAGAUGAGCGAGAACGCAGAUCUUCUGGCUCGGGUGAGAACUGCACUCAGUGAAGCGAACUCCAGCGCAACGCCGGAGGCUGGAUCUCUCCUGGAGACACAGGCUGUUGCCUGUCGACAGCGUUACGACCAAAUUGACGUUCGUCUAGCUGCCCUGCGAACAGCCCUUGAAGCUUCGGCUCCUUCCGCGCAACUAGAUGCUUCCGUGGCCAGUCGACAUAAGCAGGCAGAGCAGGGUUUUCUGGGCGUGCAGGCGCUGGCCGUCCGAUUUGCUGACGCCUGGCGUCUGGUCCACCGGACGCACCUCGACUAUGAAACCCAGCUAGCC